CGCUGUAGUAUUUAUCAAUUUGUUGACGAGAUGCAAAAAUGUUAAAACGUUUAAGCAGACUUUUUAAACGAAAAUUAUUUUUAUUAAUUUUAUUUUUAUUGUUAUGCUGUUAUUGUAUUGUAAGCUUUAUGAGACAGACAGACAACUCAAGUUCAGACAUUACCGACAUUCGUCUUCCGGUACCAUCUUUUAACUGGCAUCCGCCGUAUGAUUUUAUUAACAAUGGAACCGGUAAAGGAUCAACUUGUCGUAACUCAAUACAAGGAAAAAUUUUAAUUGCUGAUGAUAAAGGAUAUGUAUGCGAAAGACACCAUGUGCUGUCCAAUGGAUGUUGUAAUCCAAAGGCUUCGACGGCAGAAAAAUAUUUGUGUAAAACGUGUCAGAGUAACGGUUGUUGUUCUGUUUACGAACAUUGCAUCUCAUGUUGUCUGCAACCUGAAAAGAAAGCAUUAUUACAAAAGAUUUUGGAAAAAGCAUCCGAAGCAUUCAAUGUAUUAUUUGCAUCUAUAACCGAUCAUUUUGAAUUAUGUCUUACAAAAUGCCGAACAUCUUCACAGAUAGAAUAACUGGUAAUAUACUUGCAAGAACUAGACUUGAAUGCCAUUCUAAGUACAGAGUCCAUACAGACCCAGAAAGUCAGGAAAUAAGAUUUUUAGCUGAAAAAGUCAUGGAAAGUUAGGA